AUGGACAAGGAAUUCAAAGGAGAAAAAAGGGAACAGUGGAGGAAGAAGCGAGAAUAUAUUCUGGCUGCAGCGGGGAAUGUGGUGGGCCUUGGCAACGUCUGGAGAUUCCCUUACCUGUGUUAUAAGAACGGAGGAGGUGAGCUCGAACACACAGUGUUUAUCCUUUAAUAUUUGAUAAGAUUGUUCCGGUCCUGAAAGUCACCAAAGACGACUUUAUGGUUGAGAAAAUGCAGAAAUUAAAAAAAAAAAAAAAGGACUGCACUGAAUUUUGGGUAAAAUUGGGUAAAAUGAUGCACUUCAGGAAAAAAGCAAACACAAACUUGUUCUAAGUAGUAAACAUUUUGACAUCUACUUGACAACUUUGACAAACAGCUUACAGCACAACAGCCUCAGGGUUACAUGAACGGCUGAAGACGAGUUCUUCAAGCAAUUGUGGUUAAAAAAAACGUCAUUUCGUGUCAGACAAACAGCGUAUGAAUGUAGUUUUGCAAUGUUGGUUAACCAGUCACUGCACCAGUUUGACUUAAGCCUUAAAAUCUCUCUCAAUCCUGCUGUGAUUUUCCACCAAGGCAGGCUCUUUCACAUUUAACCCUAACCCUGACUAACAGGAUUUGAUCAGAUAUUUGUGACAUUUAUGUGUGAUUUAAAUCUCAAAGUUUUGCAAAAAUAUAAGGAUGUUGUAAGAGGCAAAGUGAUUUGAACCAGAAACAAACUUUAGACCCAAUUCAUAAAUUAAGUUUAAAAUCUGAAUAACUUUUGGUUUUGGAUCAACCUGUGCCAUUAAAGUUUUGAUGAUCAGUUAAUUUAUUAAAUCUAUGAUGGAGGGGGAUCAUUUCUGAACAGCAAUAGCAAAUCAACAGCCUUAAAUGAAUUCAACAAUUUUACAGCAGGUUUUUAUCUCACUGUUUAGACUUUGUCCGUAUCCGAUUAUUAAACAAAAGUCUUGCCAACCUGUACGGGUUUGCCUAAGAGAUACUGGGUGGCAAAAACAGUGGUUAUCUGCAGUGCUAAUGGGGUAAAGUGGACACUUUUCUGCAUAAAACCCUGAAUAUCACAUGAAAGCUGAAGUGUUUUUUUGUAAAUAAUAAAGCUUAUCCAGUCCUCUUCCCCGUGCAUACCACCAUACAGUCUCUCUUGUAUCUCUGUGUUUUUCUCCUCCAGGGGUCUUCCUGUUGCCGUACUGUUUCUUUGCUGUAUUCUGCGGUAUGCCGCUCUUCCUGCUGGAGUCUGUGAUUGGUCAGUACACACAGGAGGGCGCUAUCACCUGCUGGAGCAAGCUCUGCCCGUUGGCACAGGGUAAUCACACCAAUUCUGACUGAGUUGCUGGACAACACUGAAAGAUAUUAACUGAACUCUCCAUUACUAGUAAAUCAUAAACCAUAAUAAUAAUUCUUCAUUAUAUCUGUGUGAGCAUUCAAACCAACUCUGAGUAAAACAAACAUAGAAUUAGCCAUUUGAAAGCAGUGGGUCUUUUGGUUUUCUGCUCCCAAAAUCAAGCUACUCAGCUUCCUGAAUCAAUCAUCACAAUGUAUAAAUGUAAUCAAGAGCAAAGAUCCCAUUUUAUUGAUGUUUAAAUAACCAACUCCUCUAUUUUUAUUAUCUUUUAUACGUCUUUAAAUACACUGACUUCCCCUCCUGCUCGCAGCUCCAACCCCUUUGGCUCACACUUUUUUAAGCCGCUCACAAACAUAGUUUCUUUUUCAAAUGUUCGGUGUUUUCCAUAGACGCUUUUUCCAUUGUACUCAAACACAGAGGAUCUAGCUCUUCUAGUGUAGAGAUAUAAAGUAUACUUUACACACAACACACAACCCAAAACAAAUCAUUAUUGUUUUCUAGUUUGUAUAUUUGGAUUUACUGAUAUUUGGAAAAUUUAGCAGUUCUCUGUCAUCAAAGUAGAGUUUGUCAUGUAACUAAAAAUAUAGAUUCUGCAAGAUGCUAAUUUUCUGACCCCCUUGUAUGUUAACUUUACUCCUAACUCACUUUUACUCUGUUUACCCACCACAAGGCUUUCUUAUGUUUACCUUUUUGAAUUUACGAGGCCGACUUUGUUAUUUUACAAAUGCACACUCUCAAAACAAACCCAGAAAAAUAUGUUUGUUUUUAUUUAACCUUUGCUUGACAAGAAUCUUACAAGUUACAUUUCAUUUAGUAUGAUCUCUUGGUUAUUAUAGAUAAAAGAUAUUUUUCAGAUAAAAGCUCUUUCAAACCAUUGGCUAAAACUGAGCUCAAAGAUGUAAUGGGAUAAAUGGAUCAAAUAUGUCCACUUUCGUUAAAUAAGAGCCUUAUAUAAGAGAAUUUUUUAUGUUUUCGCUCAUCAGGAUCUGGAUAUUCAACCAUAGUGGUCCAGUUAUAUUCCAGAUCCUACAUCAUCAUCCUAGCAUGGGCCCUCCUCUACCUUAUGUACUCUUUCAGAAGCCCUCUGCCAUGGGCAACCUGCAACAAUCCCUGGAACACAGGUCAGUGAGUGAUUCUUCUUUCCCUCUCACUUUCCUGCUUUGUCUCGCCUGGAGAGUCAGAUUGUGCCUCCAUUCGUGAAAGCACUGUACAACACUUCGGUACAACAAACUCCACCAUCGAUUAACUCUUUAAUUCAUCCAAAAGACUGCAUAAUUAACAGAUGUCUUUAAAAAUGUUUACACCCAAUCAAUGUGACUUUGAUUGAAUUGUCUUUAUAUCAACAGACCUUUGUGUGGACCUCACCUCUGCAAACCACACUGCGGUAAACAGUAGCAACCUGACAGGAAACUGGACUUCUGGAAAGCUCACAAAGUCUUCGGCGUCUGAGUUCUGGGAGUGAGUUAAUUGUGAAUUAACUGAUACCUGAUCAAUUACAUUACCUGACAGUGAUAGUUCAAAUAUGGCAAAGUGAACUUCUCUCUGUGUGAAACCUUUAAAGGAGAGGAGUGCUGUCCUUGUCUGGCGGAAUAGAGGAGAUCGGCACAGUCCAGUGGAAGCUGCUGCUGUGUCUUCUGGCCUGCUGGGUGGCCUGCUACUUCUGUAUUUGGAAAGGAGUCCGCUCCACAGGGAAGGUCUGUGGACAAGGAUUUGUGGGAAUCAAGGUCCAAAUGUGAUCGUAGAAAAAACAUAUGCAUUUUGUGUAAUUAAUCCAAUUGUACCGAUGUUUUAGGUGGUCUAUUUCACCGCUAUCUUUCCCUACGUGAUGCUGGCCAUCUUGCUGGUUAGGGGAUUGAUGCUGCCAGGAGCCUGGCAAGGUGUGGUCUACUACCUGUAUCCAGAUCCCUCACGUCUGGCAGACCUCCAGGUGACACUUGUAGCUUUCUCUUAUGUCUCAACUUUGUAUUCUUUAAAUGUAAGCCUGAGAAACAGAGAUACUAUCAGAUUUCAUCUUUGGUCAUCAGGUUUGGAUGGAGGCUGCUUCUCAGGUCCUCUACUCCUAUGGUGUUUCAUCAGGAACCGUCAUCACACUGGGCAGCUACAACAAAGUCAAGAAUAAUUGCUACAAGUAAGUCGUGCAAAUGGUCGCUUGAUUGACACAUUGUAGGAGGAGUUUCACCCAGUCUAUGAAAUUUUGUUUACCACUUCCACUAUGUUACGCACUAUUCGGGCAUAUCACCAAGCUGCAGCUACUGUUCAGGAGUCUGGCAGAGGAGUUCAGGGUCGCAAGAGUCAGAGAAGUCCUGCUCCUACAGAGAUUCUGCCAAAUCCAAGGUCUUCUCAGCAGGUGUAGAGGUCAGGACAGGACAAGUGCGCUGAGGAUAUAGUGGAACAAGGUUGUGACACAGCUGGGCACAGUGGCUACUGGGCAGACUGAACUGGGUAGCAGUUCAAAACCUAGCUGCAGUAAAGCCAGCGGAAAGGAGAAGCGGAAGCUGAUCCAAAAGGAGGUACGUGCCAAGGUAGAAGAAGCUCUCUUCUGUGGGGUGGUGGACAUGUCUAAGCAAGGGGCCUUGACCAAGUGGGAUGGCCAUAAGAUCACCUGGACAGAAUUCUGGAAGACGGAGCCACACUUCUAGUUCCUAGUCCACUCAGCGUAUGACGUCCUCCCAAGCCCAGCCAACAUUUUCACCUGGGGCCUGGUGGACUCAUCCACAUGCCAACUCUGCCAGAAGAGGGGAUCUUUAGAGAACAUCCUCAGCUGCUGCUCAAAGGCCUUUGGAGACGGUCGGUAUAUUACAGCAAAUGGCAACACCCCUACAAGGGUACCAUCACCCAGGGGGUCCUGCUUGCAACAGCAAGGGACUGGCAACUGAUGGUUGACCUUGGGAGACAGUUCAGAUUCCCGGACAUCAAGGUGGCCAAGUAUGCUAAACUGGUGGCUGACAAAACAUUGCAUUUAUUGUCUUUUAUUUGCAUUGCAUAAAGUCAGCUUAACACUCAUUGAGCCUCAUGAGGUUCGGCUAGUGAUAUCACAAGAAUUUGUCUGGCCUCUUUGGCCUGAAACUGGAGCUGCAGACCCCUGAAUGAAGCAACCAAAAUUUUGUCAAAAUGUGAAUACACAGGGAUGGAUGGUAGGUAUUGUAACGAACAUGGAUCAUCCACUUCGUAACAGCUUAAUGGACCAAUAAAGUUCUUUCUUUCUUUCCUUCUUCUUCUUCUUCUUCUUCUUCUUCUUCUGCUUCUUCUUCUUCUUCUUCUUCUGCUGCUGCUUGUCUCAAGCGUGACUGCUCAUGUGAACGCUGUGUUACAGUUAGGACCAACCCUAAAACUGAUGCUAGCACAUAAAUUCUUUGUUAACUUUUAUUGAAUUUUGGUUACAUUAUUGGAAUACAUACAAACAGUUAUGGAGUGUUGACAUGCUAUUGGCUCUACACUAAAGGUAGUUUAUCACUCGAAAUAUUUAUGAUGCUAUUCUCAAAGUACCUGCAAUGUUUCAAGUAUGCAACAGCCAUAUAAAUCUUUUUGUGACAGCGCCCAUUAAAAGCAAGUGUGUGUGUGUGGGCGUGCGUGUGUGUGUGUGCAGGGACAGUUUGUGGUUAUGCUUGCUCAACAGCAGCACCAGCUUCGUCGCUGGGUUUGCGGUCUUCUCAGCCCUGGGCUACAUGGCACACCAACAGGGGGUUCCAGUCGACAUGGUGGUUCAGUCAGGUUUGAUUAAACAUUUCUGAUGUCGAAAUUAGGAAAUACAUUGAGAACUGUGAAGACGAGGAGAGAGAAAGUAUUGGUUUUUGCAUCUACAGGUCCUGGACUGGCAUUCAUUGCUUAUCCUCAGGCUGCAGCCAUGAUGCCCCUGCCUCAGCUGUGGGCAGCCUGCUUCUUCAUCAUGCUUAUUCUCUUGGGACUGGACACACUGGUAAGAAGAAGGUGAAGGGAACAUGUAAUAUGAUGUUGUUGUUUUGUUUUUUUGUGCAAAUCUGUUAGAUCUUGAAAUGAUGGACUCAAUACAAUCAAUGCAUAUUUAGAUUCAAAUUCAACUUUAUUGAUAUGGCACUUUUCAUACAUGAAUGCAAGUCAAAGUGCCUCACAGAGGCUAAAAACAACGAUAACACCCAACCCUUCCACCCACACACACACCCAGAAACCCACACACACCCACACACACCCACACACACCCACACACACCCACACACACCUAAAGACACACCCAUCCUCACACAAAGCGAUAAAGAGACAUGGCGUAUACCACACCCACAUCAUUGUGUCCCCUACAGUAAAGUAAAUUGGCCAUCUGGCUCGGCCAUUGGUAUGUGUUCAUUUAUAAGGCUAUUCUUCAGACGACUCCAUCUUAUUUAUCAUCCCUUUUAAUCUUAAAUAAUAGUGCCUACAGUCUCCGCUCCCAGGACUUUUAUCAUUUUACUGUUCCUAAGGUCAGAACAGCAAUGGGGAAGAAAGCUUUUAGAUUUUCUGCUCCAAGUACAUGGAACAUCUUGCAAUCAGACCUGAAACUCCAAAGUCUGGUAUCUCUGAAUGUAUUCAAGUCCAUGAUAUAUUCCAUUACAUCCAGGCUUCAGGAGCGCAAAUGUUUGACUAAUGUUGUAAAUUAUUAUUUGCAUUCUUUGUAUCCUAUAUGAUUAAUGUGAUUAUGUAUUGAAACUGUAUGCGCUGCCAUUCUUGGCCAAGUCUCUCUUGCGAAAGAGAUCUUGGAUCUCAAUGGGAAAAACCUAGUUAAUAAAGGUUUUCAGCUUGCUCUUUGACCCAAUGACCUAACAGCAUCAUGUUAUAUGGUUCAGCUGUGGGUCCCCACACCUUUUCCCCUUUUUUGGGGGUGAAGGAUUCUCUUAUUUAAGUUAUACCACCUUGUUGUCAUGUUUUUCUGUCUAUUUGAAUGUGUAAGUUUGCAGGUCUGGAAACUAUAUCUUCAUCAGUGAUCGACAUGUUCCCCGGAGAGAUGCGCAAACCCUGGCGCAGAGAGAUCUUCCUUAUAUUUUUCUGCUCCGCCUACUUUAUUAUACAUAUCUCUCUCUCCACUCAGGUACCACACAGACCUGUACAUCCUUACCCGAAUACACAAGCAUACAAUAAACAUAUUCUCACAUUGAGGGAGUAUUUUCAAUAAUGCCACAUAAAGUCUGUGCUCUGUGCUUCCAGGGAGGGAUGUAUGUGUUCCAGCUGAUUGACUACUAUGGCUGUAAUGGAGCGUGUUUAUUGUUUGUGUCACUUGUCCAGUGUGUAGCUGUUGGGUGGGCCUUUGGUGAGUGGUAAAAGAAAAGUCAGUUCUUCAAAUCACCAGAGGUUAUAGUUUGUUUACAUAUAGCUUUAAUCAGAAAUGUUAAAGUACUGUUGAGUUUGAAACAUGCUCCUACAUUUGAAAGCCCUACCCUGAUACUGACAAACUGUCCUCCUGCAGGAGCCGAUAACAUGUUUGACGCAGUCGAAGAUAUGACAGGACAGAGACCGUCCAUUUUCUUUAAACUGUGCUGGCGUUACUUUACCCCUUUUAUCUGCUUGGUGAGUAUCAUAGCAGCUCUAAUUUGCAAGAAUCUAUUUGAUAAAUCCUCAUGGCUGAAUAUGCAAUAACACGUCAUCUGCUUCUAUUUACAUGCUUACUGAAUAAUAAUAAAAACACUUCUACCUUGGCCAUCGCUAAGCACAAUUGCCCAUAACUCGGUUAUUAGUUUACCCGUCUGCCUGUCCUUCAAGGUUUGUUUCAUCUGCUCCUUCCUGGCCUAUCAGCCCCUGACAUCCAGUGAGGGCCAUGAGUACCCAAAGUGGGCCUACGACCUGGGCUGGGUAAUGGCCUUUUCCUCUGUGACUGCAGUACCUGUAUGGGUUAUUUACAAGAUCUGCACCACUGAGGGCCCCCUCAGACAGGUAAAAGCAUAAACAUCCUAUUAAGGAUUUACGUUUAAAACAUCUUUUAUUACACACACAUAUAUAUCACGUUUGUCUCUUCACAGCGCCUGAUGGUACUGUGGCGUCCUGUCAGAGAUCCUGGGGGUCCUAAGACAGACCUAGAACAUCCACUGAAUGAAACAGAAUUACAAACCAUGUCAGCUUCUUUUUCCAACAAGUUAUAA